AAAUGGCGCUGCCCAUGUCGACGAGGAGCGUACGAUUAGUUAAUAGGUGAUAUGUGUUAACAGUCGCAUAACAGCCAUGGUUCGGGUAUUCGACUGCCACAGUUUCAAGUCAAAGAAAGUCAUUCCCAUCCAGGAUGAACCACUGGCGAUAUGUGCAGACGAGAAGCACGUUUUCGUGGCGACGAGACGAUGCACUGUUGUUGUUUUCGCAAUAACGGAAGAGGGCUGCCGGGAGACGAGGCGUUUUGAGACCGUGUCCUUGGUGGAACAGCUGCUCUACAACCCCGCCAAAAACUAUUUAAUCACAGUCGAGUUCAAGAAAUCUUGGAAGAAUUUAACCAAAUAUAUCCGUGUCUAUUUAAACUGGGAUUGUGAAAUUCCUCAAGGUUCUAAAAUCAAAACUAAAGUACGCAUUGCUGGCAAAUCCCACUCAUCCCUCAUCUCUUCCACUCAGAACUAUCUGGAUGUGGUGGAAAUUCCAGUAGAUCGGAAAAUUGCUGACAUAUCAGUGUGUUCACAAACAGGGAACUUUGCUGUGGCAAUAGAUCGAGAAGUCAAGGUUUUCCACCUAGUGGACAAGACUGUGCCAAGCUCGGGAAAAACUUAUCGAGAUGUGGAGAUCUUUCUGGAGCUUUGCUGGAAUUUCAAGCUGGUGACUCUGUCAUUGUGCGAGGAUUAUGUCGUGUGUUUGUCACAGAAUGAGUUUCAGGCUGUUAGACUGGAGUACACUGAUUCAGAUUCAGAGUCGUCUCGUCUUAGCCAAAUAAAGUUAGAGAGAAGGAGGUCAGAGGACAGAGAUGGUCAAGGUCAUGUUUAUCGCACCACCCCUUCACCAGGCUCAUCAUACCACACCCAAAGUCGCCUCUCUUCAUUGGCUGACGUAGAUGAGAUAUUUGAAAGUGAUCCACCAAUCAUCAAUCAGAUUGAGUACUCAUCCAUUGGUCAGAACAGAUCAACCAAUCACAGCCCCAACAUUCACGACACGUCCGACCUGUCCAGCAGCUAUUCCUCCUCUACCAGGAUCUCAGACGAUGACUAUUUCCAGGCAUGGAGGUUUGACGGGGAGGACUCUGAGACAGGCGAGAUAUCUAUUCAUCUACCAGGCCUCCAGGGAACCUCCAAGUCUCUCGGCCACAAAUCAUCACCACCUGUAUUACAGGACCUUAGAGGUGGCCCGCUUCAAGUCCUCGGGAGGAGUGAAGGCCAUCACACUGCUACACUUCAGCGAUGCUGGGAUGCGAGAGGACUGGCAACAAGUCUCUGUUAUUCCUGCAUACCUGCCAGGUAUAUCCAGGAAGGUGGAGUCUGGGAGUACCUCUUCACCUGUCAUGUCUCCUCGGUAUCGCAAUAUGGCGUCUGUGUGCUGCUUUGUCAGUGGGGGUCGGGGAGGGUGCCUGUACUCUCUCUACCCUCGGGUAAAACUCAUCAACUGCUACAGAUACACAACAAGUGCUGUCAAGAGAUAGGUAGAUCUAGGACCAGUGCUGUCAAGAUUAUCCCCUGCAAUGGCCUGCUACAUGUUGCCACGAAGACGGGCGUGGAGACGUACACGGCCCGGGACAGCACCGUAGCCAUCCACCAGACAGAGGAGUACGACUUCAUCACCAAGGCAUCUCCUCCCACUGAACUUGACGUCUGCCUCAUCGGGAUCCAGCCAUUCAUCGGCACCAGAGAUAUCACUGUGACUAACGACCACCUGAUCCUACUGACUAAGGUAGAGGACCCCCACAGUGAGGACAUGAUGUGGAGCCUGUACGCCCUGCAGAUGUGUCCUGCUGUGGAUCUGUACCGAGACAUGGUGAGUUUUGGCUGCAAGGUGAUGGAGACGGGUCCGUCCAGCUACGCCCACAUGCUGCAGGAGGCGCACCUCCAUGUGAAGAGGGCGAUGAUGUUCACCAGCAGCCCUGAUGCCCUUGUGGAGGAGAACAUCCUGGAAUCUGCUGCCUUGCUGGGAGAGUACUACUCACUACCCAAUGAGGAAGACUGGCGUUUGUGUUUGCCAUACUACGUCAUGUCCCACUUAAGUCUGGAUGACAUCAUCAGGCAGGCUGUCCAACACAAGCAACACAAGAAACAGGGUUCUCACUUCACGUACGGCAAGGGGCUCCUCUACUACCUCAACUACAUCCUGUUCCUGGACGACGACCCCGUGGCCAUCAAGGAGAGCUGUGGCAAUGAGGUGUUGCACAUCUACCACGAGACGGAGCCGGAGCGACUCUCCCACAUCCUGCUCAUCUCCCGACUACACACAUUCAGCCCAGAAACUGCGAUGGACUUGUUAAAGAAAUGGAUGGGCCAUAACAGACAAAGGGAAGAAAAUGCAAGUGACUUUGACCUCCUGGCCCUGGUGAAAGUGAACCUGAGUUUGGUGGAACCCGAGACAGCUCGUACAGCUCUCAUGGCGAUCCCGGAGAAAAGCUUGAUUUUAAUAUGUGGGGUCCACCCAAAUCUGGUUCACAAGGACUUUACAGAGUUCACUCCCCUUGCUCAGUUGAUGCGACAACAUCGUCCAAAUACAUUCCUUCACCUGCUGGUCGAGUUGUUUGACAGAGGUGUAUUGACACUGGACACCAGCCUCAAACUGCUUCAGAAUAAUGAAGGCAAGGAUAUGUCCACCAAUACCCACAUCAGGGACUACCUGGAGAUCCUUGUUACAGAUUGGAAGAGGAAGUAUAUCUUUGAAGAUGCUGUGAGCCUGUUGUGCUAAAUGUACAUCAAGCGUACCAUCAGCAAGAUACUACCUUCCUCACGACAACUUCUCCUAUCCUCACCACCAAGUGGUGGCCACUUCACUGGGAGAUUCGUGUGGCUUGACUACCUUCCUCCGUUCACUGGACCCACGUCUAUAAGUCGGCCUUGUCAGCACAUCACCAUCCCCAGUGGCAGUGGCGGCAAGCAGCGGUCACCGUCAGCAUCCAUCCCGGUCAAAGUUGUCAACAGGGCUGAAUCCUUGGACGAUAAAUGCCCCUGUUGUUUCUGCAAUGAGGAUUUACUCAAGUUACAGUCACUCCUGUGCAGUGAGGAACUGACAGAGGAUCUGUGUCGAAGUGUGACUCACCAGAUCCAGAACGAGGCUGAGCUUGCUGGCUGGCAUUCAAUAUGGCUGCUGUGUGUUCGUCUGCUUGACUGGAAGCAGGCCACGGAGUUCAUCAUUGACAGAUACCCUGGAGUGGUGCCCAAGUUCAUGUCAUCCGCAUAUGGGAUGGAUCCAGAGAGGUGGCAGUACGGGAUGCGGUGUCUGGAGGCGGUGAUGAAAGAGCUGCCCUCAUCCACUUCAGGAGAAGAGCUGUACGUCCAAGCAUACCGAGGCAUCCUGAAGGAUUUAUCAGAGUUACUUCCCCCUGACCACUUCCUCAGCUUGUUGCCAGCAGAUGGCAGUUUUACGUUCAUGUUGCCAUACAUCACACAGUGCUUCCGGCACCAAUGUGCCAAGAUUCUCAAGAACGACAUCAUGGACAAGGGCCGCAAGAUGGUCACUCAUCACUGACCGCUGUUUAUCAUCAUGACUUGAUCGGCAUGUAGCUCACAUUCCAUGGGAGACGGGGCGAUGGGGUAGCCUCUCCAUGGGAGACAAUCCAGAACCUGAUAAUACUACAAACUGUAGAUGGCGCUGACAUACUACAUAAAGAAUCUAAACACUUCAAGAUAUGUCAGUAAUCUGCACAACCAAUCAUGCAUAUUUCUAUGCAUUUGUUCCAAAGUCUGUGCUGAUGAUAAUUAUUACAGCUAUAGGACAAAUCCUGCAUUGUUUGAAAAUCUGAGAUCAUUCUAGUGAAGAAGUUCAGCAAUAUCAAAACUGUACAAAUAUUUUCCAGUCAAUGAUUCCGAAAAUACAACACAUGAAAUACAAGCCAACGUACCUUGGUAAACAAAAUGAGGGAUGCUUGGUUCUUUUGUCAAGAUGCCAUGUUUCUAAAACAAUUUGGCUUCAUUUCUUGAACACCCUGAUUCAGUCGAUUUGAACUAUGGGGUAUAGCUGCCAUGGUGCUGACAUACCACAGGGUAUGUAUGUCUACAGCACUGUUAUAGUGUUGCCAUGGUUUUCAGAGAUGUAACAUUUGGAGUAAA